AUGUGCAAGUCUUGUGCAGGAUGCGUUCGCGUGCUGAUGAUUGUGUUUAACAUCCUGUUUACAAUCAUAGGGAUGAUUGUUUUAUCCGCUGCUUUGUACUUCUACUUUUCAACAUUCGGGGUUAGAGGUACUGAUCAGCACAAUAUAUUGGCUUAUACUUAUAUCGUUCUGGCUGCUAUUGGGGCUCUGAGCUUUGUAUUGGGAAUAUUAGGUUGUUGUGGCUCAUAUCACUAUAGUCGAUGUUUGUUGGGCUUUUAUUUUGCUCUGUUAUUGGUUAUUUUCGCCAUCGAAAUUGCUAUUGGCGUAGCUGGGUUCGUUCAUAGAGAACAGGCACGUGCAAUUAUCCACGAAACACUUAAAGAAGGUGUUGAAGAUUGGAAUAAUUCCAACAAUGAAGUUCGAUGGAUGGAUGCAAUCCAUGUUAUGUUCCAAUGUUGCGGUUACAAUGGACCUACAGACUAUGGUAUUGCUAAGGUCCCUUCUUGUUGUUUAAAUGAUCAAUGUGCUAUGGAUUUCGCUUUGCUCAGUUUUCAGACGGGUUGUAAAGAAAGAAUUGACAAUAUUAUGCAUAAUUUCCUAAUCAUAUGUAUCUCGGUUAUUACAAUAGCCCUCAUUGAGCUAAUUGGUUUGAUAUUUGCAAUGACUCUUUGUUGUGCUGUGAAUGGUCGUGAUCCAAACGCUUAUUAUCGUGCAGUACAAACAGCAUAA